AUGGGUCGAACUACAGGUAUCUCUCGAAAUAAAUCCAGAGGAAGUCCGGUCAGGAUUGCGUGUGAGUUCUGCCAUAACAAGCACCUACAUUGUGAUGUGGAAAGACCAUGUCAAAAUUGUAUCAAGAGAAAUAUUGGCCAUACUUGUAAAGAUGUGGUAAAGAAAGGGAGACAACCUAGCACUUAUAUGGGGCCUAAUCCGAGGUAUCUCUCAAACAGCGAUAAGAUCCGGAGUACAUUUUUAUCGCCAACUAGGAAUGCUCCACUUAAGCCGAUUUUACAGGAUAACAAUGGAGCAUUUAAUAAAUAUACUAGAGAUGUUAUUACUUUUCCAGUAUUCACCAACUCGGAUAAAAAUGACAAGUGGCCAGGAAAAUUUACAACAGAAUCGAACGUCAACCUGCCUCUAAAGUAUACUUCACAAACUCCUGUACUGAAUACCAAUGCCGCUGUUGACAAUACAGCCUCUAUACCUAGUACUACAACAGAAGAAGUCAAAAUUGAUGAUUCUAUAUUUGAAAGUUUAUGGACUAGUGAGGAAUAUUCCAAGCUAAAUGAAAUAUUGAACAUUCCAGACAGUUAUGAUUAUAAUAUCGUAUCCCCGCAACUUACAAUUCCGAACCUUGUAUCUGCCGACAAUUUUACUACUAAUGCUAAUAAUAAACAAAUGAGUCGAUCGAAGAGGCAAUAUGGCGUGAUUGUCUCUCCAUUAGCGGACACUGACCCUGCGACUCAUAUGUCUUUAAGUAAUAAUAAGGCCAUGGCCGAUUUUGGUGUAGAUGAAUUUUGUAACCCAAAUGUCGUUGAAGGUUCAUCUCCAGGGAAUGGUCAACCCAAGAUAAAAAAACCAGAAGACCUUUAUAAGUAUAGAGAUUCGAUAAAACCAUUUGAUUAUAAAGAUUCGUAUCUUCGAUUACAUCAAUGUUUGUUUAAAUUAUUUAGGGACGACAAAGAAACAUUGAUUAAGCUGAUGAAAGAUAUCUUAGAAAAAUAUGCUCCAACGUUGGUUGCAUUACAGACAGGUAUGAUUAAAGAAGAUUACAUUAGUGAAGAGUUUUAUUUCCAACGAGUAGCUUUGGACUUAGAAAGUUUGACGGAAUUAUAUACAUGUACCCCAAUGAUGAUUUGGAGAAGAACAGGAGAGAUUCGAUUUGUGAGUGAUGAAUUUUCUUCCUUAACUGGGUUUAAUAAGAAGGAAUGCCUUAAGUUUGAAGGGAAAGAAAGAUUUGUUUUUGAAUUUUGGGAUAAUUCUACCAUAAUUAAGUAUUUUGAUAAGUUUCAUCAUCUAUUAGCGUUCGGUUCCUCUGAGAAAUGCAUCCAUGGCAAUAAAAUUUGUGAAGAUACUUUCCUCCGGUGUAAAUUGUUAUUGAAAAAUGGACACUAUAUGGAAUGUGCUACAUGCUGGACUGUCAAGAGAGACAGUUUUAACAUUCCAUUAUUGAUUAUCGGUUAUUUUUUGCCUAUAUUCGCAUAG